GCAGCCUUGCUGAGAUUCUACCUAUCCCUCUCGGCGUGGGGAUUCAACCUCUCAGGCUUACGGCCGUCUAGCGUGUGGUGCUUAACUGGCGUUGAUAUCAGCUUGCAUUAUAUGAUCUAUCGUCCUGGGUUCUCUCCGGCGUGCUUGGAGAAUGCCUCUUCACAUCAUCAUCGGGUCCUGUUGUGGGGGUAUGGAGUUAAGUGCUUCUUGAGUGCCUUGAGCGAGUUUCCAAAUGCAGGAAGAGACGAGGCCAAGCCGAACCGCCUGCAGUUCCCAAGAGCAAUCCGUGUACGUACGGAGCUGCGGACUUCACGAGAUCACGCCAGUAUUCUGCCAAUUAUUUGGUGGUAUUAUUGUUUUCUAUGGCUUGAGCCCUCUUGGGUAUUCCUGUGCGCCUCUCGAUCGAUCUUUCACGCUCCCGUUCUCCCAGGAAACUCUCUGUGCAUAAACGGUAACAGAAACAGCUACCGUCCGCAGCCUCGGGAGCAGAGACGCACGAAAUAAACGUGGCCUCGCGUUUGUGUGCCUGCUCGUGGCAUGACUGUGCAUUCACGAGGCUUCCUCGGGCUUCGUUGGUGACCAUGCAUCAGCCAUCUCGCCGAGAGUAUGGUAACAUUGUAAAACAGAUCUCAGGUCAGCCACGCGUGAAACUCGGCGAAUGAGUCCGAGGUGACAGCAGC